AUGCUAAGAUCUCGAUUUCAAUCAUUGCCUGGUGCUUUCAAUGCCUGUUUAAUUCCAGAGGAGAAGAGUGAGCCAGCAAAAAAGAAAGGACUGAAGGCCUCUUUGUCCCGCAACUUUGCUGCGAUCCCAUCUAACAACGAGAAAGAAGCGGCAAGAUUUGCUCAGUUGUGGAACAAAAUAAUCACUAGUUUCAGGGAGGAAGAUCUUAUAAGUAAUAGGGAAAUGGACCUGUUGCUUGUUCCAUAUUGGGCUGACCGUGACUUGGACCUCAUACAAUGGCCUCCCUUUUUGCUUGCCAGCAAGAUCCCAAUAGCUCUGGACAUGGCUAAGGACAGCAAUGGCAAGGACCGUGAGCUGAAAAAGAGGAUUGAGGCAGACAAUUAUAUGUCUUGUGCUGUUCGUGAGUGCUAUGCUUCAUUUGGAAACAUCAUUAAGUUUUUGGUUCGAGGUGAUCGAGAAAAGGAGGUUAUAGAGUAUAUAUUUUCCAAAGUUGACAGGCAUAUCGAAGCAGGCAAUCUGAUAAUUGAAUACAAAAUGAGUGCACUUCCUAGCCUCUAUGACCAGUUUGUUGAGCUUAUUAAAUACUUAUUGGAGAAUAAGCAGGAGGAUAGGGAUCAGGUUGUGAUUCUUUUUCAGGAUAUGCUAGAAGUUGUGACAAGAGACAUAAUGAUGGAGGAUCAUAUAUCCAGUUUGGUGGAUUCAAUCCAUGGGGGAUCAGGGCAUGAGGGAAUGACUCCCCUGGAUCAGCAAUACCAGUUAUUUGCAUCAGCUGGAGCAAUCAAGUUUCCAACACCAGAAUCAGAAGCUUGGAAAGAGAAGAUCAAACGGCUGUAUCUAUUGCUUACAGUAAAGGAGUCCGCAAUGGACGUGCCAUCAAACUUGGAAGCUAGAAGGCGCAUAUCCUUCUUCUCUAAUUCAUUGUUUAUGGACAUGCCUUCGGCACCCAAAGUUCGCAAUAUGCUCUCUUUUUCGUAA